AGCGAACACACCCACUCAGUAGGCGACGGUGAAACACCUUCUCUGUUGUGAAUCUCGUCAAAAGGGGGAACGCAAAGAAGCGAUGGGCGUGUCAACUGGACGUCGUGUCCGGAGCGAAAUUAAUGUGUCGGAUUAAACGUUUUUGCCGUCACCCAUGGUGGACCGUAAUGACCCAGGCGUGUCUGCGUGGCGAUGAUCGCGUCGUCCACAUCAUCGUAGUACAGGGACACCACAAUCAGCACCACAAUCAGCACCAUCAUCAGCACCAGCAGCGCCACGCGCCCCUUCUGAUGCCACGCGUGGAUUAAACCCAACCAUCUGGACUGACGACGCAAACAUCGGCGGCUGCGAGUCCCUGCACGUGGCCCUCAGACAUGGUUUUGGAAGGAAGCUCUGAGGCUCUGUGCCCUCCGCCUUCCCUGGAGCUGCGCCAAUCAUGCAACAAGAGCCAACCAUCGCCCCCUCUAGACUCGGGCUCGCAAUCCCAUGAUGCCAUAUUUUCCGGGGACCAGGAGCCUACCAAGUAUGGAGAGCUAAUCGUGCUGGGACAUAACGGCUCAUUAGCAGGUGGUGAUAAAGGGCGCCGGAGGAGUCGACUAGCUCUUUACAAGAGACCUAAAGCCAAUGGCGUCAAACCUGAUGUCAUCCACAAUGUAUCCACACCUCUAGUGUCAAAGGCACUGAGCAACAAAAGCCAGCACAGUAUCUCCUACACACUGUCAAGGAGUCAUUCUGUUAUAGUAGAGUAUACACAUGACUCAAACACAGAUAUGUUCCAGAUUGGUCGGUCUACAGAGAGCAUGAUCGACUUUGUGGUGACGGAUAUGGCAGGCAGCAGCGGGCAGUGCCAAGGUCAGAGUCAGGGGGGUGCGGGAGGUGACGGAGGCCAGUCGGCACAGAGCACCAUCUCCCGCUACGCUUGCCGCAUCAUGUGUGAACGUAGUGCCCCCUACACGGCCCGUAUCUAUGCUGCUGGCUUCGAUUCCUCCAAAAACAUCUUCCUCGGGGAGCGGGCAGCUAAGUGGCGGACCUCAGAUGGCUUGAUGGAUGGGUUGACUACUAAUGGGGUGUUGGUGAUGCACCCUGCGGGGGAAUUUGUGUCUGAACCCACUCCUGGUGUGUGGAGGGAGAUAUCAGUGUGCGGAAACGUCUUUGCCCUGAGAGAAACACGCUCGGCUCAACAGAGGGGCAAAUUGGUCGAGAAUGAGUCAAACACACUGCAGGAUGGCUCUCUGAUUGACCUGUGUGGCGCCACGCUGCUUUGGCGGAGCCCGAGUGGCCUACGGCGCACGCCUACGCUCAAGCAGCUCGAGUCACUGCGCCAGGAGCUGAACGCCGCACGUCCCCAGUGUCCAGUGGGCUUCAACACGCUAGCCUUCCCCAGCCUGGCGCAACGUGCCACCGUCGACAAGAAGCAGCCAUGGGUCUACAUGAACUGCGGUCACGUGCACGGCUACCACAACUGGGGCUUCCGCAGAGAGAAGGAUAAGGCAGUGGGGGCAGCCGAGCGCGAGUGCCCCAUGUGCAGGAAGGUGGGCCCGUACGUGCCUUUGUGGCUGGGCUGCGAGGGCGGCCUGUAUCUAGACGCAGGGCCCCCGACACAUGCUUUCUGCCCCUGCGGCCACGUGUGCUCAGAGAAAACGGCACAAGGCUGGAGCCAGAUUCCACUGCCGCACGGAACCCACGCCUUCCACGCAGCAUGUCCCUUCUGUGGCACAUGGCUCACUGGCCAGCACGGCCACAUCAAGCUCAUCUUCCAAGGCCCCGUUGACUGAGACAGCAGGACUGCAUGUGAAACACAAGGACUAAAGGGCCUGGAGUCAAUGUACUGAACUGUUCCUGCACCGAGACACCAGCGUGCUGAAAAAAAAAAGGAGAAAAUGUUGAGAGUAUAUGUAAAUAAAGGUGAUGAAAUAAAUAAAGGGAAACGAUUGCUUGCUUUUUGUAAGAUUGCCGUGCACAAGCAACGUACUAAGAAAGAUUUAUGGGCAUCGUUUUAGGGCAGAAACGUUGUGUUGCCUUGCUGAUGAAAACCUACUGUAAAAGAAAUGUGGCUAUGGGCCAGGAUCUGAAAUAUACACCGUCAUCACCAGUCAUUUGUAUUUGACAUUAUAUUAAAACAUAUGAACACUAUAAAUAUAUAGGCAGUAAGAUGAACGCUACACGCCUUCGACAUCACAACGAUGAUGCAGCAUAAACGAGAGAAAGGCUUAAGCAGACUCUCUCCUCUUUGCCUCCCUCCCUCCCUCCCCGUCUCUUCAUCUGUUUCUCAGGGACGUCUGGGCAGAGUGGUACAGUCGUGUCUGCAGACUGCAGCUCAUUCCCUGGCUAUAAAUAACUCAAGGUCAUUAUUGCUGCCCCACAAACACUAUGCACACUGGCCUUUGCGUGUAAGAAAAAGAACAAGAUAUACAGUACAGAAGCCAUUUACAAGUCAAAAGCAAACCAUUUAUUAUAUUUGUGUAGAUCUGUAUCAUAGCUUUUGAUCUACUGACUAAUUCACAUAAGGACUUGCUUACAGGACCAAGAUGUGCAGUUAUUAUUUUUAAUAUAGACUAAUACUAGAAUGUACUUCGAUCAUUAAGACAUUUGGAUCUGAUCAGGACGAUCUUAAGCUACUGGGUAGAAUUGAUGAAUCGUGAAACAACUUCAGUAUUGAAACAAAUCCAGCUGUUUAGACUUGCUAAUACAAAGCAUAAUAUAAAAAAAAAUAAGACAGCUAAUCAGUUACAGCAGCAUGAAUGGUUUCAAAACCUCUAACCUCCCAUAAUGGGAUUAGUAACAGGUAGGCAGUAAGAUCAUACACUGUAAUAUUUUAAAUAACAAGCUGCUUGAUGAGGUGACUGAAAAUCUAUAAACAACUGAAGAAAAAAAAAAAAGAGGCACUUUUAGAAAAUACACAUUUUCUUCUAUUUAGGUUGCUACAUUGACUAUGUUUACAGUGCGGGCUAUGGUUUGCUCUUAUAUUGUGACUCAAAAAUAAGCUGCAUUAAGAGCACCAAUUAAAAAUGACGAUCCAGGCAAUAAAAAGAUGCAAUUCAUGAACCACCAACUAAAAAAAAAAAAAACCCAAAAAGCCACACAUAAGACAUUGAUCAUUUUUAUUAUAUAUAUUUAUAAUAAUAUGUACAGAAAGAAGAAAAACAUGAUCAAACUGAGCUAUGAAAGAGCACCAGAGUGAGCAAGCAGUGGGAGAGAGAAAGAACUACCGGCCUGGUGCUCUCACUACAACAGUCGCCUGCACCUUCAUCAUGCCUCGCCCAAAGCAACAUAGAGAUGUGCAAAUGACAGAGAGAACAAUGAACAAAGUUAAAAAGUAAAAGCCAAACAAAACAAAACAAAAAAAAGAGAAACAAAAAAGAAAGCACGCAGCAAAAUUCCAUCACAUUCAAAAGCAGCCCCUCCCCUCUUGUUUAGAAUAAUGUCCCACCCUUAUACAUUGCCCCUAGGCCCUAAAUCCGUUAAUCAGACACACAGCAUCACAACUUAAUAGCUCAAUUCAUAGGUUAAAAUCAGUAGAACAGCAAGCCUCAUGGAAAAAAACAACAAAAAUAACGCAUUCUGAACAUGUAGGAAACAGAGGGCACUCGGAUUUAAUGUGUGAUGGAGUACAGGUCUGAAGUGAGACGUAUGUGAUUUUUUGUUGUGUUUUUUUUUUUUUGUUUGUUUUUUGUUGGGGUUUUUUUUUUUUUACAGACAUCACAUGUAAUUGAAAUAGAAGGAAUGUUCCUAAAUACAGUAAACCCAACCCCAUCCCUGUACACCCCCCACAAACCUGCUACUGCUCCCUUCACCCCCAUUCCACCAAACCAAUCUCACUGAGCAAUGUCUUUAAUCUCCCAAAAAAAGUGUUAUUCUGAGGUUAAAAAUGGCUGAAGUGGCAUUAAAUGUAAAUGGCUCAGUUUAUUAGUACUCUAAUAUUACAAUAUGAUAGACAACUUCUUCAAGACAGGUCUACACAAACUGCAUCUAGGUUGUUUUUUUUCUAGAUCCACAUUCUACAUAUACUAUAUUAUGACAAAAACACUGUCUGUUGUCCACAAGAAAGUCAUUGCUCAUGGGUUUUAAAUCUUAACUUAGUAAGGGGACGCUUUUGUUUUCUAAACUUGAAGUCACAUUAGGGGUAGAGGGGCUUUAAAUUGAAGGGCUAUAUAUUAACCCUUACACUGCCAAGAUUUUUGUACUGUUCUACACCAAAUAAUGAAAGGUCUCAAAGAUUAAGUUAAUUUUAUUUUAGGCCGAAUGCAAAAAGAAAAAGGGGCUUGAACAUGAGUGUUGUAUUUUGGAGAAUAUGGAAGGUCAUAUCCGGUCUCUAAGCCAAGACCAGUCAGUCCCAACAUCCUCCAUCUUGAUAAGACCCACAGUACAAACAUCCCACUGAUUUAACACACCUUCAGGAGUACACCCCACCCCCCCGUGUAUGUUUACACUUUAUGCACACAUACAAAGACAUUUCUAAACCACACAGUUUUGCAGGGAUGAUGGGUUGUGUCGAACUGAGCUUGUACAGCAAAACAUACGCAACGUCUAUACAGAUUCUGCAAAAGACUGACUCGUCGAAACGCUAAGAUGUCAAAGUAGACGUCAAACCCAAGACAUCUUGGACAAAAUGAAACCCAAACGCUACAGUAAUUUUGACAAAAAGACCGGCACACCUGAAAAUAAUAAUUAAAA